CUGGUGUGUUAUUGAUUUUUUUAGGCUCAAACGCCCAGCCUCCCAAACCCAUACAGACCUUUGCGCAAUCCAGCUCGAUAUCCCAAAUAUCCCAAGAAAGCCAAAAGUCCAAUUAAAGGCACAAGCCAAAAACCAGCUGCAAAGAUCAAUACUCUCGGCAAGUACUUCUCUAUUGAUAGGAGUAAGGGUAAGGUGGAAUCGGAGACUCCUGUUCCAAUCAGUCAUUCAGACGGUGUCAUGCCACACACAAGAACACUUAAGGGCGUGGCUGUAGCUGAUGGUACGGCCAAUGGAGCAAGCGAGGAUGCCAAGACCUCGCCAAUGAGUUCUGACGCCUUGCCAAGAAACACCCAGAACUCAGAACUGCCCGCGGGGAAUGAUAAAUGCACCGUGCACAGCGCUGGCAACGACGAUCAGGGUGACGACGAUGAUGGGACGGCUAGCUUAGCUUUAUCGGCCCAAAACCAGGACGGGGAGUCGGAUGAUCAGACCCAGUUACCUGCAGAUCGACUCACGAACUCACAAAUAAGUGCAAGUGUAGAUUCGUUUGAGGACGCACUGACGAUCUUACCCACACAAAUAGGUACGCUAGAGCAGCCACAUACACUUGUACCAACACAGACACUUGAUUCACAGACGAAUCCGAUACUACCGCACACACAGCCCAGGGGGAGUGGACAGCCCGAGUCAACCGUACGAAACGGACCAGAAAGUAUAUAUACGAUUGAUGUGACUGAGAGUGUUUGUACAGCGACUGCACGACUCGAUGUGGCUAUCAAUGCACAAAGCUGCGAGGGAGAGAAAGACGGAGAAGAGGUCGACUCAGUAGCACCGGCGACUGACCUGUUGCAAGAACCGCAGAUGGACGAUGAGAUUCAGAGCGUAGACGAGAACAAGACUAACAGCAGACUUCGCAUGCGUUCACGUGACGCCAGUGCAGUAGGCACAGACGCCGCGGCACAGACGCCUAUAGCGGAGACUGCAGCGUUGAUGGCACCGACGGAGUGUGUGCCAGAGGACUUGCUGGGUAGAAAGGCGUGUGCUGCGGUUGUGGGUGCUGGGGGGGGGGCUGGGGAGAUGAGACAGGGCUGUAGCAAAAUCAACACGGAUAGACGGGCGGGAAGUGGCCAGGCUGUGAAGAAAGCGAAUACGGACUUAAGUGAUGGGGAAGGGCAGAUGGACGAUGGGCGAGUCAGCAGCGAUACGAAACAGAAGGAUGUACAUGGAGAGCAAACUGAGAGGGACGGAGAGCCUAUCAAUCCGAGCAAUCAAGAAGGGCAUUCAGGCACAUGCAGUACGCUAGCUGGCACAGGGGGCGUGCAGACGCAUAUGGGGGAUAAGGACGGGGACGCAUGUACCGGUUCAGAUUUGGAUCUGGACAACCUGUCGUCGAGUACGAGAGAGGAAAAGAUAGAUCAUGUGUCGAACGGAUUGAACGACCAAGUGAACCAGGGGGACGAAGCCACCCAACCCGACGCGAAGGUGGCUGUAGGAAUAGACGUGACUGAUGGCCAAGGUGACGAUAUACUUGGGCAAGAUGAGGGAAACGGUGUAUGUGGCAUGCAGAGGUUGGUCGUGGAGAUCAAGAACCGGGCUGGUGGAAGGAUAUUCAACCCACCACACCUGCACGAACAAGUGCAAGUGCUAGUCUAUCUCAAGCUAACGGGAUGCACACAGGGUGACCUCGUCCAGUACGUCGAUAGCGACAGGGGGAAAGGAGAGUCUUUAAUGGAUAUCUCGCGAGUGAGACUGGAAGACUUUGAAAAUGCCGACGUUUGGGAGAGCGUCAUAGUUCCUCGGUUGUCCGAGUUUUGCCAAAUAGUUCACAAGGUACGGCAAGAUGAUAAUCUUCGCACACGUUUGAUGAUGAAUAGUACUUUGGAUAAUUUCGAAGCGCGAGACGACCUUGCCGUGGAUUUAUGCCCGAGUAUGGAGCACGCAAGCAGUAUUAGGCGGCCGCGGAGCCAAUCUAAAGUGAAAUAA